AUGUCAGCAGCCGCUGGACCUUUCAUGCAACAACUUGCAACGCUGCCAGCCCGUUCGAGACAGGGGCUGAACAACCUGCGCCAAAGGCUCUUCCAGCAGGGAGAAAAGCCUAAGAAGGAGGGCCAGUUCUUCCGCACCUCACUGAAUGCCCACCGCCCUGUCUGGAUCACCGCUGGUGGCGGCCUGUACACGAGCCUGGCAGCUGUCUUGUUGACUAUGCGUUAUAUGAAAGGAGUCAGAUAG